AUGUCUCCAGGAGAGCGAGGGCUGCUGCAGAUUGUGCCCGGAGAAAGGCAGCCUCUCCCCGGGGAAGCGUCCCUGUGUCCCACUGCGGUGUCACGGAUUGUUAUCCCCAUGGAAAAGACGUCGCUAUUGUCCGAAAAGCACAGCUCCUCCUGGGUUGUGGUGAAAAAGAUGAGUUCGAAGCAGAGUUCCAGGUCCAACGCCUCAGUGCGUUGUUCCAGCCGGGAUGAGGAGCUCGGUGGGCGGCUACAGCUGAGCCCGUGGUCCGCUGCUGUGGAGGUCCCUGGCAGGUCCUGUCACUAG